AUCGGCUUGUACAUUGCUGUCAUACGCGAGGAAUGGAAGAAAGUGCAAAGAUUUUUCAGCCUGUUGUGGAUGUUCUCAUAGUGGGAGCUGGAAUCGACGGUCUCUUGGCUGCCAUGCUAUUAUCAAGGCUCGGUCUCACUGUGCGAAUUAUCGAAAGGAAACACCACAUGACGAAGACCAAAGACUUCCCUGUGCUUUGGACACCGCGCGCUCUUGAGAUUUUGGAUGUUGUCGGGAUAGCCAAUUAUAUCACAGAAACCGGUCGACUCCACCACAAGUUCUAUACUUACCAUAGCGGCAGAAGCGCUGGUUCCUUCGCCUUAUGGUCAAAUGAAACUUCAAAAUACCAGUACUGUGUUUGUCUGUCAGAACUCAAAGUCAAAGAGCGCAUGGUGGAAAAACUGAAGGCCGAUUACAAUGUUGAUGUGGAAUACGAGAAGGAAUUGAUAGACAUGGAUGCUGCGGUUACGGCAAUCAUUGUUCAUGAAAACACCAGCGAACAAAUACAAUGUCAAUAUCUCAUUGGUGCCGAUGGUGUCCAUAGCUUUAUUCGGCAGAAAUUGGGUAUUCCGAUGGAUAGCAGGCGAAACGACACGUUCUUUUAUACACUUGUGGCCCAAGCUACAACAAAUUUUCCUGGGUCGCAAUCUGUGUCUUUUAUCGAUAGUCGGUCUGGAUCAGCACUGGUAAUUGGUCAUGAUGGCGAAAUGCAAUUCACAUUUGAACACCAUCCGUCCUGGAGUCACCGGAGUUUGGACCAGCAUGUUCCUGUGGAUAUCGCUAUACGGCAUAUAAAAACGAUGAUGGAACCGUAUCAAUUGGAAGUCCAUAAAAUUUGGUCAUUUGAAGGAUGGCAAACUGAUAUACGAGUCAGUGAGGAGCUACAGAUGAUGAAGCGGGUAUUUCUAAUUGGAGCGGCGGCUCAGGGAACGAGACAAUUGGAAUUGUUUGGUAUGGUUAGCGCGCUGGAACAUGUUAACAAUUUGUGUUGGAAAAUACGAUUGGACUAUUUGCAAGGAUCAAAAUCAGCCGUUCUCGAAACGUUUAACUUUGAAAUGCAGCAUCAUAUACGAGCUUUCGAUCAAUGCUCUUUUACCUUUCAGCUUUUAUUAGCUGGCCGCGGACAACAUAUUAUGGGUGGCUUAAACUCAACUAUGCAUAAAGAGCUUCAAUAUCACAUCCGAAAGCAUAAAGAGAUCUUCUCUGGGCUAAACUGUUUGCCCGAGAACCGACUUAAUUUGCGGAUAUCCGAUAAAACAUUCGCCUUUGUCACUGACUUCAAGGUAGCUGGUGGUGACAAACUUCCUGAUGGAAGGUUGAAGCCGUACAGAGCAAGUCAGAUCAUGGACUUACAUAACAUGAAGCGAAAUGUCUCAACACAGUUUGCUCUACCCAAUGAAUCCAGCACGUUAAACAAGAAACACCCAUCAUGGGGCCAAAGAGUGUUUCCGCAAACCUUACGUAGAUCGAUAUCUGUCAAGAGUAAAGCUUCAGUAGCGGCCACCGUGUCCACAACUGAUACAUGGAAACAAAUACGAGGCAAUUACUUUUACCUAUUAGACCGCAUUCGAGAAGAUGGAUUUGGCGCCUUCACUAUUCUGCUUUGCUUGGCAUCUACCCUCCAACAACAAGAUGAGCACUCUUUGGAAAUGUUGAAGGCGUUCAAGGAAGACAUCAAUUCUCCGAGAUCAUUUACUAGACGCUUGAGCGAGAAUUAUCCCAGUAACCCCAAAAUAACCACACGACUUCAACGAUACAGCGCCCCACCUUUGACCAAAACUUCUACCGUGGUCAAUGUGGUUUAUAUUACCAAUCAAAACCGAAACGAUGUUAUCAACAUGCAGUCUUUAAUAUCGACAUACGUCUCAGCAGAGAACUUGUAUUUAGACCAUAAUAAUGAGUGUCACACCAAGCUUGGAGUUCUUGACUCGCCGGCUAUUUUUGUGGUGAGACCCGACGGAUACGUUGGAGCAUCAUUAAAACUUGAAGAUCACUCGGAACUUGACACUUAUUUCGACUCUGUUGGGGCAUGAAGCUGGCAUUCUAACCAAAAAAAAAGAGAGAAAAAACUUCCUUCCUAUAACAUGUUGAUUGGUCUUGUGCCAUCUGAUUUGGCCAUUUUGAUUUCCACAACACAAGAGUAAUAUGACUUUGAGUUUGAUGAUAUAUCUAAAUGUUUUUCGCUAUUGUUC